CAUUCAUCAAAGCCUUUAUUUACACCUUAUCUACAUAAAUUCGAGUAUUCCUAGAUUUUAGAAGUAACAUUUUUCCUUAUUUACUCUUAGUAAGUCUUAAAAUCCUACAAAGAAAAAGUAUUUUCGCUACUGAUAUAUUAAUUAUUAUCCAUAGAGAUAAAUCUCUGGCUUUCCAUCAUAUCAAAUGUAAUAGAUCUUAAUUAUAAUAUGGUUUUUCUUAAAACCGGAUUUAAUAAAAAUAGUUUUUCUUUUAAAGAAUUUGCGCAAAUUUGAGUUUUAUGCCUAAUAAUAUUUGAUCUCCACAUUUUCAGAGUUUUCCAUUUCCUAAAUUUAGUAAAAAAUCUAAGCUUUUUAAUCUAAUCAUAAUGUUAGCGUUCUUUUAUCCAUUCAGACAACACUAUAAAUUCAACCGGUUUUUCGUUUAUGUAGUGUGUAAGUCCUCUUUUAGAUAUAGUGUAGUAUUCUUUUAAACUUUCUUAGUUUUAUAGGAAGCUUUUGUUGUUUGUUUUCAUUGAUUUAUUGUGAUUAUUGAUGUCUUUUGCAUCCUUUUUUAUGUCUCUGUUGUAGUCUACAACUUUUAAAUUAUAUGGGUCGUCACAGUUUUCCCUAAUUAGGUAUUAGAAUUCAUGUACAUGAACUAC